AAGCCACUAAAAACAGUUCACUCUGCUUUUCUUUCUUUCACUUUAUCUCUACCAAUCCUUGCUUACUUCUUCUCUUUUCUCAACAUUUUCAAAUCAACAAACGAAUUGACCCUUAGUCUACUUCAACACUAUUAAUCCAAAUUCCUCUUCUUCUUCUUCAAAGGUUCAUCAUUUCUUCACCAUGGAUGGUUUCAUCAAUAGGGGUUCACACUUUCUUCUGAGGGCGUCUACACUAUUAGAAUCUCAAUCCACCAUGGAUAGCUUCACCAACUGGGGUUCCAGCUUUCUUCACAGUCUUCAAACCAUGAUGGAUUCUGUCAUCAACUGGUUGGUGUCCCUGAUAAGUUGUUUAGGGGCAAAGAUUAAUCCAAUACUUGAAAAAUUCACAGGAUAUACAUUUAAUGUUAAGGACAACUCUUGUGAUGAAGUUGGAGUUGAUGGAGAAAUGUGGUUGCGUGUUGCUGGUGCUGUUGGGGUUGCUCUGCUGGCCAUUGUUGUUGUUUGGAUUCUUUGGAAGAUGAUUAUGGUGAUUUUCAGAUGUUUUUAUCGUCGUUGCUGCUGUUGUUGCAGAAGAGGGAGGACAAUGAAGGCUCCAGGGAGGAACUGUCGCAUUUCAAGGAACAACUUUGAACGCAAUCCUAGAGAUUAUUUUCGUAAUCUGCGUAAUGAUCAACAUGCGUGUUUGGUUUGAAAUUUUGAAGAAGUAAACCCACGACACGAAAAAUUACUACUUUUUACUUCUUUGACGUAAAAAAUUAUGAACUUAUUAAGGCUUGUUUGUGUUUGGAUGGUGCAUGUUUGGCAUGAUUUGGGUGAUUUGAUGUUGUACAAAAUGUGGGUGCAUGUUUGUAAUUUUUGUUGAUAUUUGAAGUGUGGUAUCUAUGUUUGCUGUUACUUGAUGUGAAUGAAGUUUCUGUUGGUUAAACA